CGUUCGCCCGUGAACACUCAUUCGUUCGUUUAACAAAGAAAUCACUCUCUCACACAUUUCAUGGCCACGGCGGUUCCCGCCCAAACUAGCGACGGCGAUGAACGUCUCAUCUGGGACGUGAUUCUUCGCCAAACCGACUUAACUUUGAAGACUAACACCGAUCCUAACGUAUGGGCUGUUGAAAUCACCUCAACACUUCGCUCCUCCGCCGUUACUCUCCCUUCCGUCGACCUCGCUCACCGUUUAGUUUCUCAUUUAUUUUGGAACAAUCACUCUCCCACCGCUUGGAAGCUUCUACACACUGCCGCCUCACUCGACAUUAUCCCUCCUUUACUCCUCCUCGCUCUUCUCUCCACUAGGGUUGUUCCGAGGAGGGAGCAUCAUCCGAUAGCUUACAGACUUUAUAUGGAACUCGUCAAGCAAAAUGUGUUCAAGCUUGAAUCUCAUAUCUAUUAUUCCAACUAUGAAAUGAUCAUGGAAUCAAUUGAUAAUGUUCUUCAGCUUUCACAAGUAUACAACCAAAAGGUGUGUGAACCGGGAGUUGUUCUUGUUGAACUUGUCUUCUCAAUUUUAUGGCAGCUACUUGAAGCAUCUUUGGAUGAUGAAGGGCUAUUAGAUCAUGUUCCAGAAAAUAAGCCAAGAUGGCUAAUCAGAUCACAUUAUAUGGAUGUUGAUGAGCCUGACUGCAUCAAUGAAAUGAAAACUAAGCAGAAGGAGGGGUUGCAGAGGGAAAACACAACUAUGGCUAUUGAGAUCAUUGUAGAAUUAUUACAAAAUAAAAUGACAUCAAGGCUUCUUUCCUUAGUUCAUCGAAACAUGCCAUCAUACUGGGGAUCUUUCAAUCACCAAAUGCAGCUGCUUGCAUCAAAAUCUUCAAUUUUGAGGAAUUUGAAACAUAUUAAUGCAGACACCCUUGUAUCUUUGAUGGAAAAUAUCCACGGGGUUGUAUCUCAUGAAUGCAAUCCAAAAUCUAAGCGUCAGUCUAAUGUGGUCAUACCUGCUGGUUCUCAAAUAUCUUUUGCUGGUCAAUCUUAUGAGAGUAGUUGGUCUUCUCUUUGGCUUCCUAUUGAUCUUAUACUUGAAGAUGCUUUGGAUGGAGGGCAUGUAGCAGCUUUUAGUGCUAUUGAAAUCAUUACUGGUUUGGUAAAAAUUUUACACGCCAUUAAUGGCACUAUGUGGCACAAUACAUUUUUGGGUUUAUGGAUUGCAGCACUGCGGUUGGUUCAAAGGGAAAGGGAUUCAAAUGAAGGUCCUGUACCUCGUUGUGAUACUUGUAUGUGUAUGUUAUUGAGCAUAACAACCCACGUGGUCGCAAAUAUUAUUGAAGAAGAGGAAAGUGAACUGAUUGAAGAAGCUGAAUGUGGCCCUACAAAUCAAGGAAAAAAUAAACAGGUUUUGGGGAAGCGUCGCGGGGAAUUGAUUACUAGCUUACAGUUAUUGGGUGAUUUUCAGUUUUUGCUUACUCCACCUCAAGCCGUUCUCAAGGAAGCCAAUCAAGCUGCUGCCAAGGCUAUUGUGUUGGUAUCAGGAAACCCUGUGAGUAGUGGGAACUCAGAAUCAUUGAGCAUGGAUGAGUUGCCCAUGAAUUGUUCUGGCAACUUACGGCAUCUAAUUGUUGAGGCCUGUAUUGCAAGAAAUCUACUUGAUACAUCGACUUAUUUUUGGCCUGGCUAUGUGAAUGCCUGCAGCAAUCAAAUUCCUUCCAGCAUUUCUAGUCAUGUGGAUGGCUGGUCGUCAUUGAUGAAGGGGUCACAAUUAACUCCUGGAUUAGUUGAUGUCUUAGUUGCAACUCCUGCUUCCAGCUUAGCGGAGAUUGAAAAGAUAUACGAAAUUGCAAUUGAUGGUUCAGAUGAAGAGAAGCUAUCUGCUGCUACCAUUCUGUGUGGUGCAUCUCUAGUACGUGGAUGGAAUGUACAGGAACACACUAUUCUUUUUAUCACAAAGUUGCUCUCACCUAUUUGUCUGCCUAAUCACACUGGGACUGACAACCAUUUGAUCAGCCAAGCUCCAUUUCUAAAUGUCCUUCUUGUUGGAAUUUCACCUGUAGACUGUGUUCAUAUUUUCUCCCUUCAUGGUUUGGUUCCAUUACUUGCGGCAGGGCUAAUGCAAAUAUGUGAGGUUUUUGGCUCAUGCGAUCCUGAUGUCUCAUGGACUGUCGCAACAACCGGAGAAAAGAUCUCUCACCGUGAGGUGUUCUCUAACGCAUUUACUCUUUUGCUUAGAUUCUGGCGGUUUGAUCAUUUGCCCAGUGAACAAGUACGGGUCAAUGCAGCAACUCCACCACUUGGAUCGCUAUUCAGUCCUGAAUAUCUUUUAUUGGUUCGAAACUAUAAAGUAGCUUCAUUUGGAAAAUCAGCAAAGGAUAGUCUAAAGCUCAAAAGACUGCCAAAAAUUAUACCUUUUCCUAAGGAACCUGUAUUUAUGGAUUCCUUUCCAAAACUAAACUUUUGGUAUCGACAACAUCAACAAUGCAUUGCUUCGAUCCACUCUGGCCUUGUGCCUGGAGGGCCUGUUCAUCAGAUUGUUGAUGCUUUACUAUGCAUGAUGUUUAGGAAGGUAAAUGAUGGUUCUGAACCUUCGACACCUACGACCUUAGGAAGCCGCAGUUCAUCUGGAUCUGGGUCUGCAUUGGAUGAUGCUUUAAUGAAACUAAAAGUGCCUGCCUGGGAUAUCCUGGAAGCCAUUCCCUUUGUGCUGGAUGCUUCUCUGAAUGCCUGUGCUUAUGGAAGAGUCUCUACCCGUGAAUUGGCUACAGGCCUCAAAGAUUUGGCCGAUUUUAUUCCGGCAUCUUUGGUUGCCAUUGCAAGCUACUUUUCAGCUGAAGUUACAAGGGGCAUAUGGAAGCCAGCUUUCAUGAAUGGAACCGAUUGGCCUAGCCCUGCUGCAAAUUUAUCCCUCGUUGAACAACAGAUAAAGAAAAUUUUAGCAGCCACAGGUGUUGAUGUGCCAAGCCUUGCCGUAGAUGGAGACUCUCCAGCUACACUUCCUUUGCCUUUGGCAGCUUUCGUAAGCCUGUCAAUAACAUACAAACUUGAGAAAGGCAAAGAGAGAUUCCUCGUUCUGAUUGGCCCAGCUCUUAGUGCUGUUGCUUCUGGUUGUCCCUGGCCUUGUAUGCCCAUUUUGACUUCUUUAUGGAUUCAAAAGGUAAAGCGUUGGAGUGACUACUUUUUGCUCAGUGCUUCCGGAACUGUCUUCCACCACAACAAAGAUGCUGUAGUUCAGCUGCUAAAAAGUUGCUUCACAUCCACUCUUGGAGUUGGCUCUACCUGUAUGAGUAAUAAUGGUGGUGUUGGUGCCCUUCUUGGGCAUGGCCUUGCUUCCCAAGUUGCCGGUGGGAUCUCUCCGGUUGCUCCAGGGAUUCUUUACCUACGAGCGUAUCGGUCUAUUGGAGAUAUCAUGUUUUUGAACAAAGAAAUCAUGUCUAUUCUAAUGCUUUCAGUUAGAGACAUAACAAGUAGUGAGUUACAUAAAGGCAAUGCAAGGAAACAACUAAAAAAAUUCAAGUAUGGAAUGAAAUGUGGAGAGGUUUCUUUUGUCAGAUACAUGGCACGUGUCAAGCAUGCUGCUUUACUUGGGGCUUCGUUGGUUUGGAUAUCAGGUGGACAAAAGUUGGUUCAAUCUUUGAUAAGAGACACUGUUCCUUCCUGGUUUUUAUCAGCUGAUAUGUUUGAGCAGGAUGGUGGGGAAUCUGGAGCACUGGUUGCUAUGCUCAGCGGCUAUGCACUGGCAUUUUUUGUUAUGCUUAGUGUGGCAUUUGCAUGGGGUAUUGACCAUUGUUCAGUUUCACCAAAUCAACGGGCAGAGGUUAUUUGGCAGCAUUUGGAAUUCCAUACAAGCACCCUGGAGAGGAAUACAUCACUGCGUUGCCAUCAUGCUACCUGGCGAGCUUAUGUGUCAGGUUUUGUGAGCUUAUUGCUGAGUUGCACUCCAAUGUGGGUCCGGGAAGUUGAUGCGGAAUUGUUGAAGAGACUAAGCAAGGGAUUAAGACAAUUGAAUGAAGAUGAGUUGGCUCUCCAACUUUUGGAAAUUGGAGGGAUAGGUGUCAUGGGUGCGGCAGCUGAAACAAUAGUCAAAUUUGAACAUAUGUUGUAAUUCUAUCAGAACUGACAAAUACUAUACCGAUUAAUACCUUUUAGGCUUUAGCUCUAAAUGAUGUUAGUGAUCUUUAUUUUUUGAAAAAUCAGUAGUUUAUAUACCUUACAGGUGACAAUAGAAAAGUUUUGGUUUCAAAUUGGCACAACUAAAUGUUUUUCUGCCUAUUUCAGUAUAUACUUCUGAUCAAAUGGCUUUUGUACAGGCAGUAUUUUUCGGUAAUUGAGUCUCCGUCAAUAUAUUUUCCCGUAAGUAUUAUUAGUGUGAUUUAUAUUUUGUGGGUGCUAUAUGCAAACAAUUACAAAAGUAUGUGAAUAUGGUAAUGCUUAAAUGCAUGAAACUGUAUCUGGUUGAAUCCCCUUUCAUUAGUUUUCUCUUCAAUUUUGUAUGGCAUCAAUUAACAGCAUCAAGGACCAUAUCGAGCACCGCAUGAAAUUAUGGUAUCCUGUUAUGGGUGGACUUUGCAUGGGAGGGGAAUGCAUUCCUGUAAGAGAUUUGUUCAGAACAGAGUG